GUGGGUUAGAGAGGGUUGGGGAAGAAGGGAGAAACAAGAUAACAGAAGGAAAUAAAGAGAGACUGGAUGGGAGAGGUUAGGAUAGAGCGAAGGUUGGGGAAAAAAAUUUAAAAGAAGGAAAGAGACUGGACAGGAGAGGGUAGGAUAGAGCGAAGGUUGGGGAAGAAGGGAGAAAAAGAGAAAAAGAUGAGGAGAAAGAAAGACAGGACGGGAUAGGGUAGGAUAGAGUGAGGGUUGGAGAAGAAAAGGAAAAUAAGAAAAGGAGGAAGAGAAGGUGAGAAAGAGAGACUGGAUGGGAGACGGUAGGAUAGAGCGAGGGUUGGGGAAGAAGGGAGAAAAAAGAGAAAAGGAGGAAGAGAAUGUAAGAAAGAGAGGCUGGAUGGGAGAGGGUAGAGUAUAGCGAGGGUUGGGGAAGAAGGAAGAAAAAAGAGAGAAGGAAAGAAAGAAAGAAAAAAGAGAGACCGGACAGGAGAGGGUAGGAUAGAGCGAAGGUUGGGGAAGAAGGGAGAAAAAAGAGAAAAGGAGGUGGAGAAGGCAAGAAAGCAAGAGAAAAAAGAGACAAAGUGAGCAGUCUCGAUAUGCUAGAUGAUUUGGAGUUUUGAGGGGAACAGGGUAGGAGGGGCGUUUGGAGUCGGGGAAGGGGGAGGGGGAGAUGUGGGAACAUGCUGGCUCACUGCUGAAGUGUCAGUGUCUGCACUCUGCUGAGACUCAGACGGAAGGAAGGAGUAAACUGGUUCAACAUCAGUCCAACCAAGACUCCUGAAGAACUGAAGAACACACUGGAUGUACAAGAGAUAGUCAGGAAUAUCCAACCUGGAGGAAAAUUGAGGUUCAGUAAAAUAUGUUUAUUUUUAUCAUUAAAAACAAAGGUGUUUUGGUGUUAAAGCCUUGGUCAGGCUGCAGGGUGCUCUGAGACUCAUAGACGAAACACAGAGUCAUGGAUUCAUACUCUGACUCUCCUUUUAACUACUCCUGGCCCUCUUUCCCCAAGACGAGGAUACACAAGAAGAUGGACAAGCAAGAGAAGAGCCAGUCAAUGAGGAGGGCCCAGGCUCUGUCCUCUACUCUGGCUGCUGCCUCCAGACUCUCAGCCAUGAUCCACCAACCAGGGAAGGACCAGAUGCACACUAAUGCCAUGCUGGUGGACCAGGUGGAUGACCUGGAUAUAAAGUACCGUUCUCCAGUGGAGGAGGAGGUGAGCUCUGUGCCACAGAGGAACAACCCUGCCUGGGACUCCUUCUUUGGAAGUCUCCCUGGCUCCAUGGCUCCUCACAGGGACCAGGCCUUCCCCCUUCCUUCCUCUCCCUUGGCCUACCCCUUUCCUUUCUCUGGUGGUGGAAAUAGGGGGAGGAUCCAGCAGUCCGUCUCCCUCUCCUCUGGGCUCAGUCACAGAGGAACCAGUCAGCCUGAGAAGACCUGUGUACUGAGCACAGGAGCUGUAACAGCAGUAGGGGUGAAAGUCACAGGAAGUCACAAUGAACCAUUCUCUUUGGUCAAGAUGCCGAGUUCCAGUCUGGAACCAGUAGAGUGUGACAGUUGGGAGGAGGACACCCUGUGCCAGUCUCCCCCCUCACUCCCCAAAUUCUCAUCUCCCUGGCAACGCUCCGACCUGCAUACUAGCUCUGGGGACGAGAGGGACUCCUUUGACAACUCGUUGCACUUCAACCCUACACACUCUAACAAUUCACACACACCUUCCAAGGAUCAUUCAGACCCACUGCUUCGUCUUCGCUCUUACUCCUACUCCUCCCCCAAGACCCAGCUUUCACGUCCCCUGUUCACCCGAGAUGCAGCGAUCUCUGACCUGACAGAAGAGCAUAGAGACUUCAACUUGACUGAGACACCCAGAGAGAAGAGGGAUGUGGGUUUCCGUAAGCGGGUCCAGUCUGCUGAGGACGAAGGCAGCUCGUCAUCAUCACUCCAGCACCUCACCCUCUCAGAGUUCCUCAAAGAGAUUGAGGACGAGGAGUGGGAUAAAUACAUAAUUCCCUCCAAAGUUGAGUCAGAGAAAUACAAAGUCAGCAGAACCUUCAGCUUCCUGAAGAGCAGGAUGUCCAGCCCACGUAACAAGAUCAAGGUGAAGGAGGGAAAAGAGAAGACUGGAAAGGAGAAGACAGGAGCAACUAACGUACACCAGUUUGUGCCAGUCUCUCCCUCAGGACCCUCUGGGCUGUCUGUAUAUGUGGCCUGUGACAAGCCUGUCCCUGGGAAAGAGUUUCUGCAGUGUACCAACUGCUCUCUGAGUGUCCAUAAGGGCUGUCGUGACUCGACUGCAGCCUGUGGGAAGAGGCCUCUGGAGAAGAAUGUGGCGAUGUUAAAGUCCAAAUCUCUCCCACACAUGAUGAGGGAGGGUUCCCCUGCCUCCCUCACCUCUUCCUCCUCCCUCCUCACCAUGCUGCCCCGAGGCAGAAAAUAUAUGACUGCUCCCCUAUCUAAGAGCCCAUCUGAGUCUACAGACAGGAGGCUAAGGAAUGCUGUGGGGGUCAGUGUGGACAGUGACGUGUGGAACAGCUGCUCCCUUAAUGAAGAGGGGGUACAGGUCACAGGGACCGCAUCAUCCACAGACUACCAUCUCACCACACAGGAGUCGGUCGACGCCCCCCUGCUCAGCGACCUAUCGGCUGACCUGGUGGGGUUUGAGGUUGAGUCCUGGAGUCUGGCCGUCACAACUGAGUUCUGCAGAAAACACGACAAACACACCGUCAAACGUCAGGAUGUCAUCUACGAGCUGAUGCAGACAGAGUUGCACCACAUCCAGACACUGACGGUGAUGUCCGAGGUGUUUCGUCGAGGGAUGCUGGAUGAGCUCCAACUGGACUGGGAGUGUGUGGCUCGCAUCUUUCCCUGUCUGGAUCCUCUCCUGCUCUUCCACAGGAAUCUCUUCGGAUCUUUACAGGAGCGGCGAUACGCUUCAGCCCAGCCCGGACACCCACACAACUACUGCAUCCACAGUAUAGGGGAUAUACUGUUGCAACAGUUCUCAGAAGACAACGCUGUGAAGAUGAAGCAAGUGUACGGAGAGUUUUGUAGUCACCACACGGAGGCUGUCAAAGUCUUCAAAGAGCUGCAGCAGCAGAACAAGAAGUUCCAGGUGUUUGUCAAACAACAGAGUAACAACUCUCUGGUCAGAAGAAGGGAGGUGCCAGAGUUCAUCCUGUUAGUGACUCAGCGCAUCACCAAGUAUCCUGUACUACUGGAGAGGAUACUGCACUAUACACCCGAGGGCAGUGAGGAGCACACUGAGCUGUCGCGGGCACUCACUCAGGUGCGUGACAUCAUCACUGCAGUGGACACGAGUGUGAGUAAGUACGAGAAAGCCCAGGAGCUGCAGGAGGUGUUGAGCCGCGUGGAGAACAAGAGCCUUUCCAAGCUGAAGAGCGGCGAGGUGUUCCGCAAGGACGACCUGCUAGGAAAACACCAACAGAGGGAGCUGCAGCACAAGGGACUUGUCUACUGGAAAACCGCUACGGGAAGACUAAAAGACACCCUGGCUCUGCUGCUGACUGAUGUCCUGGUGUUCCUGCAGGAGAAGGACCAGAGACUCAUAUUUGCUGCCGUGGACCAGAAGCCCCCAGUCAUCCCCCUGCAGAAGCUAAUUGUGAGAGAGGUAGCCAAUGAGGAGAGAGGGAUGUUCCUAAUCUCUGCCUCCUCAGUGGGGCCUGAGAUGUACGAGGUUCACACCUUCUCGAAAGAAGAGAGGAACGCCUGGAUGAGACACAUACGACGGGCCGUAGAGAGUUGUCCUGAGGAGGAGGAAGAGAGAUGUGUUGAGACUGAGGUCAGACGGAACACUGAGCUGAGAGUUCAGAAGAUCUACAAACUCCAAGACACCCUGGCAAGUCAGGACCAGCGUAUCUGCAGUGGUCUGGAGGAGAAGCUACAGCUGUAUGCCGAGCUGACAGAGUUAACCCUUCAUACACCAGAGCCCCUGCCACAGCACCACCUACUGGUCCAACCAGACCCUGAUGCUCAAAUGCCACCGCAGACCACUGCACUACUCACAGCUGCACUCAAAGAGGCGGAGAAGCUGAUGUCUACCUUGCAGGCCAGUGAGGCCCACACUGAGCCCAGCCACAGCCCCCCUGUCAGAGUCCCAGAGUACUGCAGCUACAACAGCCAUUGCAGGAUCCAGGAGUCACCCGCUGAGUUGGACUAUCCGAGCACGCUCAGUGUGAGCUCGGCCUCUCUGGUGUCGGAUGGCGAGUGGGCAGGGCCAGACACCAUCUUGUGGCACUCUAUAACCGAGCUGAGGAGAAGAGACACCAAUGGAGCACCAAUGAAGGUGGCAGAGAGUGUCCAGAGCCUGACCCAGCUGCUCUACAGUCUGCAGGCAGCUGUGACCAUCCAGGACAGCUGGUAUGAGGUUCAAAAGCUCCUCCUACUGGAGCUAGAGCACCCGCUCCCACACACCCCCUCCUGUCUCCAUGGCAAUGUGGCCCAGGAGCAGGAGAAACAGCGGAGUACUGAGAAGAAAAAGGAGGAGGUAGAGAGGAUGAGUGUGGAAAGGAGGAGAGAGGAGGUAGAGGGGAUUCAGAAGCUACAGGGGAGGCUGAGACAGGAACAGCAGCGCUGGGAGAGAGAGUGCCUGGCCAGGGAGAGACAACAGGGGGAGAAGGUGAGUCUGUUGAAGCAGCGCGAGCGACAGUGCCACCUGGAGGCUGAGAGCCUGCGCCGCGAGCGGGAAGAGCUGGAGCAGCAGCUGUUGGAGUACCAGCAGAACCUAGAGAGGCUGAGGGAGGGUCAGAGGAGCAUGGAGAGGGACAGGGACAGGGUGGAAGCCGAGCACAGGCUGCUCCAGAGCUGGAGACACAACCGCCAGAGCUCCCUGCCUAUUAUGAUAUCGCUGGACCUGGAACAGGUGUCUAACCACAGUCGGUCAGGCAGCCUGGACGGCAACGAGGCUGCUCUUCUUCAUUCCCUCCAACAGAAUCGUCUCCACCACAACCAGCACCAGCACCAGAGCCUCCACUCUGGCCUGAGAAAGAGCCAGGACAGCCCCCUCCAUAGCCCCAAACUGAGCCUCAGGCCCAGCCUCUAUAACAGCCUCAACACUCUGCUCAGCCAGGCCCACAGUAAACCAUCCACAGAAUUACUGACACACCAACACAGUCACCUCCAGUCAGGAAGCUCCCAAAACAACCCCUUUAGGAGCAGGUUCACCACAGGACAUGAGGGGCCCAACAACAACAAUUUCAGCCCUCCACAGGACAGGCUGACCCUGGGGUUGUUGGGUUCAUUGGGGUCAGGGGUCACAGGCCUGGGUCUGUACGAGGAGAACUUCCCCACCUCGGCAUCCCUCACUCCUCUCCUCACCCCACAGGCCUACUUCUCUUUGAAUGGAAAGAACAGUGAGGAUGGGGGAGAGGAGAACAUUGUGUACCUCUGAGGAAUGACAAGACUGAUGGAGUGAUGGGAGAGAAGUGUGCAGUGCCAACUGCCUUAUGUACAUCUAUCAAUGUACCCCCUCUCUGCCUUUGUGUGUGCAUGUAAAUGUUUUUUACCAAAAAAAUGGGUUUGAGUUUUCGUCCGGAAGCGACGAAACAAAAAAGCAUUACAUUUUUAGCUGUAUUGUACUGUAUUGUUUGCAUUUUAAUGUAGGCCUUUAGGGAAGAUAUGCCAUUUGAAUGUUUAUACUGAAACAUUUAAGUUCAUAGCUUGUUUGAUAAGAUUAGUACAGAUUUUCUCAGGGGACACCACUUUGGGCCUUGACCCCAACUUUAGGAACCACUGUACUAACCUCUCUCUCUGCUUGCUCCCUCUCUGCCUAUCUGCUUCCGCCUUGCAGCCUGCCUUAGCCUCACAUCACUGUCUGUAUCAGUAGCUUACUCUAUAAAGCAAAGUUACAACUUUGUGUUUUUUUUUUCUCCUGCUGAGGUAGGCUCCGUUUAACGUUAGCUUCUUACUUCAUCCUUCCAGCUGGCUAAGUAAAACUAGCCAGAGCCCUUCAACUUACUGCAAUAAGUCUCUGCCAGCAGAUGGCCACCUGACUGACAUAUCUAUAAGCGACUAUUUACCAGUUGUGCACUCAUUUUCUGAUAAUUGUUUUUUGUUUGGGGGAUGUCUGUAGACAAUAGUUGGAGUGCGGGACAGUUAAAUUGCCUUUAGUCCGACAUCUCGCAAACACUGUCAACAUUGUCUCUAGACUAGUUUCCUAUUGAGCCGAUUGCAAGCUGGGGUAGUUAAUUUCACGUCGCUCUCGGCCUGUGCCGCGAAAGGGCAGAGUUAACCGUUUGAGAGAGUGGCGAAUGAGCUGCUAAAAAGGCAAAUCCAGGCAUACAUAAUGGACAAACCACUGUUCAUGAUUCCACUCAUUCGCAAAGAGGCAGGCGUGAUUGGAAUUCAGUCAGAUCAAUGAUAUAAGCAUUCUGAGCUUUGAUCAACGCUGGGAGCCAUAUUUAGAUGUUGACCCUUAAUAGAGCUUUAUACACUGAGUAUGCCUGUAAUAAUGGAGCUGUGAGUCGGGAAGCAGGUGCAGUUGAAACGUUUAAUAAAACAACAAAACAUUUCCAUAUGGCUACACUCCGGUACACAAGAAUAAUACCAACUGGUGAGUGAACAUAGGAGAGUGACUUAAAGGGGAAGAAAUUAUGAACGAAGUCCAGGUGUGAAUCAUAGUGAGUGCCAGGUGUGCGUAAUGAUGAAUCCCAGGACCGAUGGUUAGUAUUCCGGCGACGUCGAAUGCCAGAGGGGAGGAGCAGGAGAAGAUGUGACAAUACCAAACAUUAGGAACACCUUUCUAAUAUUGAGUUGCACCUCCUCUUUUGCCCUCAGAACAGCCUCAAUUUCUUAGGGGCAUGGACUCUACAUGGUGUCGAAAGCAUUCGACAGGGAUGCUGACCCUUGUUGACUCCAAUACUUUCAGUUGUGACAAGUUGGCUGGAUAUCCUUUGGGGGGUGGACCAUUUUGGAUACACACCGGAAAACUGUUGAAAAACCCAGCAGCGUUGCAGUUAUUGACACACUCAAACUGGUGCGCCUGGCACCUACUAUCCAUACCCCGUUCAAAGGCAUUUGAAUCUUUUGUCUUGCCCAUUCACCCUCUGAAUGGCAUACACACAAUCCAUGUUUAAAUUGUGUCAAGGCUUAAAAAUCCUUCUUUAACCUACCUCCUCCUCUUCAUCUACAUUAAUUGAAGUGGACUUAACAAGCAACAUCAAUAAGGGGAUCAUAGCUUUCACCUUUUUAUUCUAUGUCAUGGAAAGAGCAGGUGUUCUUAUUGUUUUGUAUACUUUUUCAUUUUUUGGUCCUCAUAUUUAGCUACUGCCAUGACUGAAAGUAUGAUCUUUAAGAAAAUACAGGUGUAUAUUGACAAUUUUUUAGUUCCUGUAUGUAAUCAGAAAUAAGUGCCUGUUCGUACACACUGUUAGAAGUAAACCUGCCUGGAAGAACCUUUUUGAGCAGAACCUUUCCAGUUCAGAGGUUGUUUGAGGAACCCCUCUUCGAGGAACCCCUGUGUAAAGGUUCAAACCGGAACCUUUUUGUGAUGGGAGGGGUUCAAUUCUGAAUCAAUUUAAUAAUAUAUGAUAGGGCCUCUCGAGUGGCGCAGUGGUCUAAGGCGUCACUGCAGCCCAAGUUCGAUCACGGGCUAUAUCCCAAUCGGCCGUGAUCAGGAGUUCCAUAGAGCGGCCCAGCGUCGUCCGGGUUAGGGGAAAGUUUGGCUAGGGGGCUUUACUUGGCUCAUUGCGCUUCAGCGACUCCUUGUGGCGGGCCGGGCACCUGCAGGCUGACCUCGAUCAUCAGGUGAACGGUGUUUCCUCCGACACACUGGUGAGGCUGGCUUCCGGGUUAAGCGGGCGGGUGUUAAGAAGUGCGGUUUGGCGGAGGAAGGACGCAUGAUUUGACCUUCACCUCCCGAGCUUUUUGGGGAGUGGCAGCAAUGAGACAAGAUUGAAAUUGGGGAGAAAAAGGGGGUAAAAUAUAUAUAACUUAACAUGAUGAACAGGAAUAACAUUUAAUCUCAUGGGUGAGAUUAAAUGUUAUUCCUGUUCAUCAUGUUAAGUUUGUACACUGCAAAUUUCAAAUUUCCUUCAAUAUUUAUGCAUGUUGCAUAUUCUAAUAUAAUAUUAAUAAGAAUUUCAUCAUAAUAAUAUAAACAUAGCUGAUUACAUAUAGUAAUAAAUUGUAACUUUACCAACUUUGGGAAUUGCAUAGGCUCUCGAGGAACUCCUAAAUCUCUGUACGCCUCAAUGAAGCUACAAAACUGUCAGUGUUCAACUUUAACAUGUGAUGACAAUAGAUAUGAACAGGAAUGUAUAGCCACGCCCUUACUAAGCCACGCCUCCACUACAUGGUUCCUCCAGGAACCUGUUGUUACAUUGCAACGUUAAAGGUUCCUCCAAGGAUCUAUUAACUAACCAAAGGUGCAAAUAUGAACCAUUGACUAGCAAUGAUUCCUUGAGGAACUCCAGGUGAUCCUUGAGGAUCUCCGGGGUUCCUCGAGUCGCCAUUAAUUCUAGGAGUGCAGUAUGUGUUUUAUGUAAGUAACCCUCUCUUUAGUGGAUACUCAAACCAAUUUUCCUUUGUGCACAAAAGCUCCUUAAAACUAUAGGUAUUUUAAUUUGGUGCACUUUGUGUUGUUGUGCUUCCCUUUUCAAAACUAGUUGCACUUUUAUGAUGUUCUUAAUUUCCCUUGUUGAAAUGCAGGAUUGCAGGGCACUCCCAUAAGAGGUUAGGACACACUCAUAGUGUUAAAGGUGUAGUUUGUUCAAAAACUAUAUUUUAGUAUUUUGUUCACUAAUCAGCUGUUUAAAAAGUCAGCAGUUAAGUUUUCAAGAUAAAGCACUUUCAGUGCACAGCAAAAAAAUUUAACAAAACAAUUAACUGACGACAUGCCCAUUUUGGGGGGAGUUUUUGGGAUCUCUUUGAAUUUUUAUCUGCUAGGGGCAUUGGGAAGAUGUGGGGGGGUGCUGUGAUUUUGUUGUUGUUGUUGCAUGUGCUAUAGAUGGCUAUAUCGGUCCGCUAAUACAGGACUAGUAAAGGCCAAGUGCACUACUUUUGUGGAAAUACUUAUUAAUAUUUUUAUUUUUAUCCUGAUUUUUUGCAGGGUGCUGCAGCACCCUCAGCACCCAUACUCUACUAUGUGCCAAAUGUCCAUUGUCAAGAUGUAGUUUGUUUAAUAGAGCUUGCUUAUUACUCUAAAGAGAAAAUACAGAUUACAUGUUGGUUUGUUUGUUAUUUAUUGUGACGUAUUCAUGCACUGUCAGAGUGGUUGGGUUAAAUGCGGAAGACACAUCGUACAAUGUUAUGUUUUUGUUGAUGUUGUGUAAUAUGGAUGUUUUCCCCCUUAAGUUGUAAUAUAUGUAUAAUUGAAAGAAACCUGUGCCUUGUGCCAUAUUAACAAUAUACUAUAAAAUGCAUAACCAGCAAUUGUAUAGCAUUUUUAUUUUGUGUGAAUAGUUCAGUUUUACAUAGGCUCUACCUCAUGGUAACUAGCCAUGUUGUCUUGUUCCCAUUCGUGCCAGGAUACUAUCAAUAUA